CACCAGCGUCGUAUUCGAGAGUGGCGGCUUGGAGCAGGACAUAGAGGAGUGCAUCCACACGACCGCUAUGGCUGUCGUCAAGUACUGGUGCGACGGCAUGAAGGAGUGCACGGUGGAGCCCAGCCUCCUCCACAGCCACCUGGCGGUCGCAGAGGGCUGCGUUGACACCCGGCUGGAUCAGUACAGCCUGCACAUAGAGCAUGAGGAUGCGGUCUCCGACCCCACUUGCCGCGUUGGGACUAGUCUCUUCGCUUCGCACAAAACCUGCUACGAUGUGGACACUUCGACCGACUUCCUUGCAAGGAGGAGGAGCUGCAUGGAGGCUGGGGGGGACAUUGCCUUUUAUGAUUCCGACCCGACGUUUUUACAGUUUCUCAACGAAACUUUCGGCCUGUCGGAAAAGGGCUUACUUGUGCAAGGAAUUAUCGGCGAGGACGUGCGGCUUCGAGAACCACAACUUUAUGCUGAAGACGUAGAUAGAUAUCACAUUAAUUUCGACACACAUUACGUUAUGUCACACCAAAGUUUUGCGUCCGACGUGCCCGUUCUCUGUGCUUACCCGCCGCUCGUGGGAGUCCCCGAUCGCCUCGAGACCGCGACCAUAGCCGACGACCCCUGCUGGAGCAGCCCCUGCCUCUACGGUGGUACCUGCUUCAAUACGACGCAGGCCCUGAAUGCGGCCGCAGCCAGUGGAGACGACUUCAUGUGCUUCUGCAGAGAUGGUUACAGCGGCAACCUGUGUGAAAAAGCGAACACUGGAAUCAAGGACGAGCCGCAGGACCCGCUGGAUGGCGUCUACUCCUUCAGCGCUCCCUCCGGAGAGGCCCUCAGCUUCGAGUUCGUCUUCUUCGGGCGGUUUUGGGCGGGGAACAAGAGCUGCUACGCCCCCGCCGCCCUCGCGCUCUUCCGCCUUAAGUGCGACGGCCAGAGCCAGUGUGAGAUGUCAUAUAGGGACCUGCAUAACCACCUGCAUUCCUCGUGCCACCCGGCCGUGACGCCCACGUUACGCGUCCGUUACGCAACUUACGAG